UCUCAAAUGUUGCUCUGCUUCCCCACAUCACACACACACACACUACCCUCACUCUCUGUUCCCUCUCGAUACUUUCUAGAAUCAUAAACAAUUCCUCCCUCUCUCUCUGUCUAGAAGCUUAAAUGCUCUGAGAAAGCCAUGGUAAAGAAGGAGAAAGAAGGAGAAUGCAAACUUUGCUUGCCUGACAGCUGGGUCUGGCCUCCUCCAGUGCCUGACGCGCCGCCGGGUUUCCCGCCCCAACCACUCAAACCUUCCACCUCUGCCGCCGCUGUAUCUUCAAGAAAUCAUACUCCCUCUUCUCUAGAAAAUGGGUUUUCUCAGGGACUAACUCCUGAUUCUACUAGACAGCAGCACCCGCCUCGGCGUACCUCUAGGAAAAGAUCGCGGCCACAGUUCUACUCGCCUCCUCCUGCGCAGCAGCAGCCGACGGGUCGUCGCCGGAGAGGCCGACCGCCAAAAGCUCGGAUCAUGUCUCAGCUUUCGUGUCAAGAAAUAGGAACAAGAAAUGGUGAUCAGGUCUCUGCGGCCUCGUUAAGACAGACACAAAAGCAGACGUCAUGCUUUUUUACGUCUCUCCAGAUCACUAAGGAACAAUCAAGAUCAAGAACGAACAAUCAAGUUUGUGAACAGAGCUCGCAAAUUACACAAACCGUUGAUGAAAACCAAGCACGUGCUGCCCCGAGAUCCACAUUUCUUAACCGUGAUAUUGAGGAGACAGUCACUGAUAUUUCACUCACUGAAGUUCCUGAUCCAAUCCACGGUGUUGCCCUCGACGACUGGAUGAAUCCGAGCAUCGACCCCAAAAUCUUACAACAUGUGGCUAAUGCUCUACAUAACAUGGCUGGAAGAGAAACUUCUUUAGACGAAACAAAGGUGCUAAAAUCAAGAUCCUCAGACAUCGACAAAACCCUCUUCUACACGCUUAAGGCCAUUAACAAAAAUCAUGGGGACAUUACUCAGGAUUGUUCGUUGAAGUCGGAUUGCAUGAAGACCCUUGUCUUGCUUGGCAUCUGUAAGGUGGUGCAAGAUCUAGAAAAGAAACAGUUGAAAGACAUUGAUAUCAGUACCUUAGAUCCGUAUUACACGGCUGUCAGGGAUGCGGAGAAUAUGAACGUGAACGUGCAGUGGUUGCAUGAUCGACUCGAUGAGAUCAAAGAUGCUGUUAUAUUGAGAGAAGAAGCAAAAGGCAUGGUGGAUGAAAGGAAUAGGCGUCUUGAGAGCAUUGAUAAUAGGAACAAAGAACUGUUGACGCGUAAAGUCGAGGUGGAGAGACUUAAGUCUGAAAUUCAAGAUAUUGAAGAUCAACUGGCUCGAGAGGUCAUCAUGAUGGACGAGUUGAAUAGAAACAUCGGUACCCAAACAUCAGAGUUUCCGCAUACGUAUUUAAUGGACGGGCUCGUAUGAAUUAGCUUAACUCUCUCUCUCUCUCUCUCUCUCUCUCUCUCGUGCGCGCGCAUGUACACAUUGGGAAACACAGAAUGAGAAGAAUGAAUUAGGGAUCUCUUUCGAAGCUGAUGACUUCUUGUCUUUUUGUCAGGGAAACCUCGUCUAUGCGAAGUGACUCCCUUCUUGCAGGAUGCUAUGCAUUCUGCAAAUGUAAUUUUCUAGUACCAUGUUCUUUGAUCUAUCUCUAUAUAUGGUAACUUUUAGUUGAUCUGUGUACACCAACACUCAUUUCACUUGCUACAUCUUUAUGAAAUAUGUGGCGCUAUUGGGG